AUGGGGUGGCACUUCCACGCAGUCCUCGUGACUAGUAACGGAUACAUGGAGAAACAGGGGAUCGGGAUGCGCGAAGAUGGUGAGAAGGAUGUCGGGCCUGACAUCGCAUCAUUGUCGCUAGGUGGUGCAGUCACCUUGAACUCCAGGGUCAAGUCGAAGUACUGGCAGUUCAAGGAACGUAAUGUCGCCAAGUCCUACGCUGUCCUCAUUGACGUCCUUAAGCGUCUGCAAGCCCCUCUUGGGGUGCUGGGAUACAUGGACCGCAAAAUCUUCAUUAUCAGACUAAAUAGCAGCGGAGGGACGAAAUUUAACGGGUCCGACAAGACGGAAAAGGCUGAAGACCAGAGUAUCUUAUCGAACAAGGUCGCGCCAUUCCUAAACCACCAACGAGAUCGCGUUCCUGCAGUACUCAUCGUCGGCGUAAAACGCCCGCAUUGCCUCACAAAAGUGCCGCAUCGUUACAACGUGCUGGCUAUAUAUCAAAAUAUAGAUACAAGGUCGGAGAAGGUCAAGGGAAAGGUGGUAUGCAGAGUGCGGUCUGAGAUGAUUGACCUCAAGACGCCAAGCUGGUGCGGUGUUCAUGGAUCGCCCAGCUUUUCCACCGAUUAUGCUAAGUAUGAGUACGAUCAACUGCGGUGGAACGGGAUUGCGGAAUCCAAGGAAGACCAGCCUCAAACUACUAUCAAGCCUGGCAAGCAGAAAAAGCCAGACACGCUUAAGCUACCACGGACUAAACGGUUUGGAGAAGAGCAGAAAGUAAAGGCAGGGCAGAGGGAUGAGAAAGUCGUUGACCUGGAAGAUACUACUGGUGAUAGAGUAUCGCAUCUCGAAGCUCAGGCCUCUGUCAACCUCGUCGAGCUCUCCAAAGAACCUUUCCAAAGCGCAGAAAGCCGAGGCAGAUGCCAAGAGUACAAUACAAAGCCUUCAAGAGCGUAUCAUACAGUUGGAAGAAGAAGAAAAGACAGGUUCGCUCGAGCUCCAACCAACAAUGAUGCAUUCGCGAGCGAUGCGAAUCAAGAGCCCAUAGACGAUGACAAAAUUGCGAAUCCUGAGCCCGACCUUUACAAGUCUCGGCACAGUACCAACCUCUCCAAAGCAAGCCGGGAACGCAAGUCUCUCGAAAACCAGGUUGCUGUUGAUUCAGCGAUUGGAUCGCUCGUACGUGAACAGUACAAAUUCUACCUCUUCGAACGCAUUCUGCUUGUCGCAAAGAGAUCAAUCCAAACAGCGCUCGCCAAGGGCGAUGAGACGACUGAAACCUUGAAGCCCCAGAUGAUGAUAGUGUGCAUAUUGAUGGAGUCGAUCAAGAGCGAGAGGUCGAAUGGGACAAACGUUCGAGCACUCUCAACAAUGAUGAUGACAACGCGAGGGAAAGAAAGUAGCGCAGGCCCAGGAUCAUGGAAAAUGUUGAUACUCGACAAGCAGCGAGGCCGUGAGGGAGGCAGCAAAAGGUCCAGUCCGCUUCAACAGUAUAGCCCAAGGGAGAAAACCUGGCUAUGGUCGAAAAAGCAUUCCAUCCUAAGACUGAGCAACAAGCUGACGCGGCCCUGGAUGGUCGAGGACUAG